AUGAACACGAUCCGAUCUACAUGGAUAGGCUGGGGCACCCUUUGCGUCGCUGGCGGCGGAGCCUACUACUUUGCUAAGAAAUCCAUCAACGCCGACCGUCAGACCCGAUUUGAAGCGGAAGUGAAGCGCAAGGCGCAGCUGGCUGCGAUGGAAGCCGAGCACCGACGCCAGAACGCCCCGAACAAUGUCCCGACUCCUAGUCCGACCGAAGAUCCGAGCCUGAAGCGCGCCCAGUUAGUGCGUGCCGAUGAUGUGGGCUCGCCGAGUGCUGAAGCUAGCCAUGACCCCGCACCGACUCGUCACGAACCGGAGACUGAAGCUGAGCGGGUGCUGGAAAAGAGUAAAUAUGAGGCUACGCAGCCUUUCCGGCCUCCGAGGGGAAACCGCUUGUAG